AUGCUCGUGACCUAUUUUACUGCCCAACACAACGAAACCCCCAAGUCACAGAAUCAAUCAGGUUGGAAAACGCCUCCGAGAACAUCGCGCCCAGCCCAAGGCAGGGCGCGCAGCUCGCCCCGCAACGGCGCCGGGGCGCCGCCUCCCACAGGGACACGGCUCCGCGGGAGGGACCCAGCUAGGCAGGAAGGACCGGGAAGGUUCUGCCUGCGGCCCCGGCCCCUCCGGGGGGAUUCGGGGAAGGUGUAUGGGGAAGGGCUCCUGAGGAAAGCUCCGCCGCCGCAGCCCCGACAGCCGGCACGUGACCCCGCGGGCGGGGCGGCGGUGGGUGACACCCCCCAGCCUCCCCACCGCCAAAACAAUACCGGGCAGGGCUCUGCCCGCCCAGCGGUCACCCCUCGCCCCGCUCAGCGCAGCUCCGCUGGCCUUUUGUUCGGGGCACGCAACCGCGCGGGGAGGCCGCGCCGCCCGUUCCGGCUCGGCCGCUCCCCGCCGGCGGCGGGAGGGGGACGGGGGGGGGGGGGCGCAGAGAGGCAGCGCCGGCCCGGCCUCGGGCGGCGGCGCAGGGGGCGCUGUCGGAGCGGCCGUUGGUGGCCGCAGCCGCCGCCUCCCCUCGCCCGCUCCACCGAGCGCGGGGACUCACCCGCCGGGCCGCCGGCCGGCCCGCGCCGCUCUGCUGGGCUGGGCUCGGCUGGGCUCCGCUGGGCUCCGCCGCCACCUGCCGCUCCCUCCGGCCCCUGCCGGGACAGCGGGACGCGCCAACGUCACGCGCGGGACGGCGCAGCCGAACGCGCCACUGUGACGCGCGGGGGGCGGGGCUGCGAGCGUGAGGCGUCACGUGCGCAGCUCCGCCCCGCCCCGCCGGCGUCAUGGCGGCCUCGCUCGGCGCAGGCCUGCGGUGUAGAACUUCGCCUCUUCUGGGGGCUGGCUCUGGCUGACGCCAGCUGCCCUCCAAAGCCGCUCUGUCGCUGCCCUCCAAAGCCGCUCUGUCACUGCCCUCCUCAACUGGGCAGGGGAGAGGGAACACAGUGA